AGCGCCGGGCAGAGCGGAGCCGCCGCGCUCGCUGGGGACGCGCGGGGCUUUUGUUCGCCGGCGGCAGCGUUCGGGAGGACUCCCAUCCGCGCUCGAGGAAGGCUCCUUCUCCCUCUUCCCCAUCCCUCAGCCCUCCUGAGCGAGGCGGCCCACCCGGAGGGCUCUGAUAGCCGCCCUGUGUCAGCGUGAAGUUGCUGACAUGACUGCCGCCGGGUCCCCGCGCACCGGUAGCGGCGCGGAGCCGGGUUUAAAGGGGAAUUGCGCUGCAGACAAUGCACAGCAGCGGCAGCUGGAGCAGCCCUGGGGACCCGAGCUCCGGUUCUGACAUUGCUGCACGCAGAGCCCCAGCCGCAAUGACAGCAGCUGCCUGGGGCGGCUGCAGGCAGCAGGCAGGAGCAUGAAGUAGAGAUCACUGCAGUGCUCAAGAUGAACUCCUCUUUGGUUGGCAACCAGAGUGGCCGGCCAUUCUGUCUCCUGGCCAUUAGCUAUUUGGAGACCAUCAAUUUUUGCCUCCUGGAAGUGGUUAUUAUUGUGUUCCUCAUGGUGCUGAUUAUUUCGGGCAACAUUAUUGUGAUAUUUGUCUUUCACUGUGCACCUCUGCUGAACCACCACACCACCAGUUACUUCAUCCAGACUAUGGCGUAUGCUGACCUCCUGGUGGGCGUGAGCUGUCUGGUGCCUUCUUUGUCCCUGCUGCACUACCCAGUUGUUUUAAGCGAGUCUUUGGUUUGCCAAAUCUUUGGUUACGUGGUGUCGGUGCUGAAGAGCGUCUCCAUGGCCUCUUUGGCAUGCAUCAGUAUUGACAGGUACAUUGCCAUCACCAAACCGCUGACCUACAACACGCUGGUCACCCCGUGGAGACUGCGGAUCUGCAUCCUGGUCAUUUGGCUGUACUCCUGCCUGGUCUUCUUACCCUCCUUUCACUGGGGAAAGCCUGGAUACCACGGGGACGUGUUUCAGUGGUGCGCCAAUUCCUGGAACACCGAUCCCUAUUUCACUCUCUUCAUCGUGGUGAUGCUGUACGCCCCGGCAGCUUUCAUUGUCUGCUUUACGUACUUCAACAUCUUCCGCAUCUGCCAGCAGCACACCAAGGAGAUCAACGAGAGGAGGGUGCGCUUCAGCUCUCAGGAUGGGGAGGCAGGGGAGGCACAGCCCUGCCCGGACAAGCGCUAUGCCAUGGUUCUUUUCCGUAUCACCAGUGUCUUCUACAUCCUCUGGUUGCCCUACAUCAUCUAUUUUCUGCUGGAGAGCUCCAACGUCUAUAGUAACCGCGUUGCAUCCUUCUUGACCACUUGGCUUGCCAUUAGCAACAGUUUCUGCAACUGUGUCAUUUACAGUCUCUCCAACAGUGUCUUUCAGAAGGGGCUGAAGCGUCUCUCGGGGGCGAUUUGUGCCUCUUGUGCUAGACAGAGGGUAGCCAAGGACUCCUCUACCUCUAGGAGCAAAAGAUCUUCCAAUGGAUGUCACGUUUAAGACACCUAUCAGCUUGACUGGGAAGUGCAGGGACAGCUCUGUAAUUUGCAAAAAGUUAAAUAUGAUUUUAUGAUGUCCAGAUUUGCAAAAAGGUUUCUGAGAAAUGCUGCUGACACAGAAGAAUCAGGAGCACAUAUCAUUGUGGUUUCACUUUAAAAAAUUUAUUGCUGUGGAGGCGGCUGUGGAGUUUCACCUCCAUAUUCGUUUUUAAGAAUAAAGCUGCAUCUUGACACUUACCUCUCCAGCUGGUGUGACUGAAUGGAGUGGGUGUCUGAGAGCUUCAGCAAAAUGUAGUCUUUCUUACAGUUCUGCUAGGUUCUUUUGAGAUUCGUGCUUCACAUGUAAAUGAUAGAUCUGAAGUGGAAAUGUCAUGGUAUAUGGUAUAUUACAGGGAUUUUUUAAUAUAUGCCAAAGUAUAUUGACAAAAUUUUCCAGCGUUGUACCAGAAGGGGCCAAACAACUUGUUUUUCAGUGCUACCUAGACAGGACUUCCAGAACAGUGGGGAACAAUGUGAAUGUUUUCUCAUGAACGUGGUCUCACGGAGCCGUGAGUGCAGCACUCUGAUCUGAGCCGUCCCCGCUCCCGUUCCUCUGCUUGGCUGUGUGUGCAAUCAGAAUACAGAGACUGCAUUUUCCUGGUUGUUGUCAAGUAAGAAAAACUUGAAUCAGACCACAUCUAGUAGUUAAAUAAAACGUGUUUUGAUAAGCUAAGAGAAAAAUACUUGUCAUUUCAUGAUACCAGAAUUGUGGCAGCCACUUGAGAAUGAUGCCAACAUGUGAAAAUUAUUCUCCAAACAGUGGAGAAACGCCACAUUUUUGUGUGGAAAUUUUCUCAAGAACAACUUUAAAAAUAACAUAUUCUUCUCCCCCCUCCCCCUUUUCUUUAAUCUAAAUUCUUUUGAUAUUUUACAUACUAGAACUUAGGGAGAAAGGAAAGAAAACAAUUGUCUUCUAAACAGCUAAGGGAACUAUGUUGUAAAUUUAACUGUAGUAUUUGAGUUAUUCAUAAGUGCACAGAGCUAAAUCAGAGACAUUUUUCUUUAGGCUUCCGGGGAUUAAAGAUGGUUCGAAUAUAGCAGGAGCUAAAUCCUGUUGGCAAACACAUAUUUAACUGGUCAAACAAUGUACAGUAUCUGAGAAACAAAGUUUCAUUGACCACAGCUUUUCUCAGGCUUGCUUAAAUGAAGUGUUUUUGAGUAUUGUGAUGCCAUUAAGAAUUCAGUACAGCCCUCAAAUUGGUUGGUUUUUCAAAAGAAUGUCUUCUUACUGGUGUUGUACUGGAAUAGUAAAGCAUUUGAGCCGUGUCCUAUAGCAGUGAUUACAUCUGCAUGGCCCUUUGCAGCCCUGGCGCUGCGUUUGGAGCUGUGACUCUGGGGAAUCCUUUGAGCUGUUGUAUUAAGCUGUGGUGGGUUUACACUUUUCAUACUGGGAAAGGAAAGAAAAAUAGGGAAAGUUAGUUUCAGAAGUGUGUUGUAGAACUGGGGCAGUUCUCUUGGCCAAAGGAAGGACUGUGUGUAUUUGUUCUCAGGUCUGCUGUUGUUGCUGACCAGGAUGAUCUCUGUUUUUUAGUGGUCCUUCAAGCACACACGUUCCUUCCUCUAUGAUCUGCUGGGAGCCCCAGGCCCUGGGCUCAGGUGCUUUGCCCCGGGACAAAGCCAUGUCGUGAUCUGCUUUCGGUGUUCAUCCAUACUCCAGGCUGGUCCAGAUGAGCUUCCUCCUUAGUUUAUCUGAAAGUUUAAGGCUAUGUAAAUCCUCGUGCCCUCACAGCAUUGCUUGUUGUCUUUCAUACUGAGAUGUUGUCUAGGUAAGGGCUUACGCCGUCAUCUUUGCACGGACAGCAUAGAGGAGAAUCGUUCUGCUAAGCUGUGUCUGUCUGCAGUUUGGUCAGAGACACCUGGCUGUGCCAGGUAGCCUUGGCGGGUGGAGCAGAGCAUAGUGGUGCAGUGAGUCAUUUAUAAACGGUGCAUUAGCUCACAGCUGGCUAAUUGUUCUCUAGUGUUUUGUAGGUGUCAUGGCACGGGUGGGCUUUAGGGAGCAGUUUAAGGGCUUUAGUCACUAAUAUCGAUGCAUUUCUGUGUGGUAUUUUUGGAGCAGCCUCUCAGGUAAACUCCCAGUAGCUUUUCUCUGACUCUUCACCUUUAGCUAACAUUUCCACGUCUUUGAAGCAAUGC